AGUUGUAGUGGGGGAGGCAGAAGGAAGAUGGCGUCUAAGAUCCGCGUAGUGCUGCGGCCGGUGAAGAGUAUCGUAGUCCGCUUCUGUCCCUUCGAGUCUAACGUGCAGAGCACCAGAGAAUUUCUUGGAUAUAUAAACCAUAAAAGAAUCCAGAACACUAAUAGAAACUGUGAAGUGACUGCUGAUGUGAGACACGAUGGGUCUGAACCAGUUGUAGAUGUUAUGUUUGCUGAUGGAGACCGAUUGAUCAUGAAGGGAGCCAACUUGACAACAAUAGAAAUGUUAACAGCCUUGGGGUCCAGAUGCAGUGCAAAAGAGCUUAAGGAAGAACAGAAAAGCAAGAAGAGUCCCUGAAGAGAAAAACCAACUGCAUUUGCAUUUACACGUGUUAAAAACAGCAGACUGCACAGAGGCUUCUCUAUGCAACAACAUCAGAGCUGGCCAAAACACUCACCAGUUUAACAUGCAGCAGAACCAACCAUUUAAAUGUUCCCCAUCUUUACCUGAAGUAAAGCAUAAUGGAUCAACAGAUCUUCAAACACUAGUGGGUCAAGAUGUGAUUGCAUCUUGCUAAGCAGCUGACUCUCAGUCUUCUGCGUGUUGGACUGGAAUUACCAUGUGUAUUUGCAUAUAAAUGUGAAUAAUGCACAUUAACUAUUAAAUUAAUACAGUGAAGACA